UUACCGAACACUGCUGUUCCCGAGCUGACAAGGUAGCAGAACAGCAAACAAAAGUGCCUUGAAGCCACCUUGCCAAAGAGGAGAGAGGACUUUGGGUUUGGCAGAGAAAGAACACCUUCAAAGACCUUCCAGCAAGCUCAGACUGCAGGAUGGCAGAUGGUGACACAAAUCUCCCAACCAUCGAGAGGAAGUUGGGACUACAGAUAUGGGGCAUAGAGAAUAUGAAGAUGGUUCCUGUACCUGAAAAGGCUUAUGGGACUUUUUUUGAAGGAGAUUGUUACAUAAUUCUACAUUCCAAAAGGACCUCUCGUGGCACUGCUGUGGAUUUGCAUUACUGGAUUGGCAAGGAGUCAUCUCAGGAUGAGCAGGGGGCUGCGGCGCUGUAUGUCACACAGCUGGACAACGCGCUGGGCGGGAGCCCUGUGCAGCACCGGGAAGUGCAGGGACACGAGUCUGAAACCUUCCAAAGCUAUUUCCGCAAUGGCAUUAUCUACAAGAAGGGAGGAGUUGCUUCAGGAUUUAAGCAUGUUGAGACCAAUAUGUACAACAUCAAGCGUCUUCUUCACAUCAAAGGGAAGAAGCAUGUGUCUGCCACAGAGGUAGCACUUUCCUGGGACAGUUUCAAUAAGGGUGAUGUUUUCUUGCUGGACCUUGGAAAAGUGCUGAUUCAGUGGAAUGGACCCACCUGCAGCAUUGCAGAGAAAUCCAGGGGUCUCGCGCUGGCUCGCAGCAUCAGGGACAGUGAAAGAGGUGGCCGCGCUCAAAUUGGCAUCAUUGACAACGAGAAGGACUCCCCGGACCUCAUGCAGAUCAUGAAGAUGGUUCUGGGUGAGAGGCGUGGAGAGCUUCAAGAUGCCAUCCCGGAUACGAAAGCAGAUGAGCUGCAGAAAGCCAAUGUCCGGCUCUACCAUGUCUAUGAGAAGGACAAUGACCUGGUGGUACAGGAGAUAGCCACUCGGCCUCUGACACAGGAUCUGCUCCAGCACGAGGACUGCUACAUUUUGGACCAAGGUGGUUUUAAGAUUUAUGUCUGGAGGGGAAAAGCCUCCAGCCUGGAAGAGAAAAAAGCAGCCUUCACACGAGCUGUGGGUUUUAUCCAAGCCAAAGGCUAUCCUUCUUCCACCAACAUUGAAGUGAUCAAUGAUGGAGCAGAAUCAGCCAUGUUUAAACAGCUCUUCCAGAGGUGGACAGAAAAGGAUGAAACUCAAGGACUGGGCAAAGUCUAUACUACUGGCAAAAUCGCCAAAGUGGAGCAGGUGAAGUUUGACACCACUCAGCUCCACGCCAGACCAGAGCUAGCUGCUGAGCAGAGGAUGGUGGAUGAUGCCUCUGGGGAGGUAGAGGUGUGGAGGAUUGAGGACUUGCAAAUGCAGCCAGUGAAUCCUAAGACAUAUGGGCAGUUCUACGGGGGUGAUUGCUACCUGGUCCUGUACACCUACCUGAAAUCAGGAAGGCCUCACUAUGUCCUCUACAUGUGGCAGGGUCGCCAUGCCUCUGUGGAUGAAAUCACCGCCUGUGCCCUCAAUGCCAUUGAGCUGGACAGAAAGCAUGGGGACGAAGCCGUGCAGGUGCGCGUGACAAUGGGCAAGGAGCCUGCACACUUCCUGGCCAUCUUCAAGGGCAAGCUGAUCAUUUAUGAGGGGGGCACGAGCCAGGCUCAGAAAAGCACACCCGAGCCAGCCAUCCGCCUCUUCCAGGUGAGGGGCACGGAUGAGAUGAACACAAAGGCCACAGAGGUGCCAGCCCGCGCCUCCUCGCUCAACUCCAACGAUGUCUUCCUGCUGACCACCAGCCAAGUCUGCUACCUGUGGUGCGGAAAGGGAUGCAGUGGAGAUGAGAGGGAGAUGGCAAAAAUGGUGGCUGACAUAGUUUCCAAACGAGACAAGCACACCAUUUUGGAAGGACAAGAGCCAGCAGAGUUCUGGGAAGCCUUGGGAGGCAAAGCACCUUAUGCCAGUGAAAAGAGGUUUCAAGAGCAAGUCACACACUACCAGCCUCGCCUCUUUGAGUGCUCCAACCAGACAGGUCGAUUCAUCAUGACAGAGGUGGUGGGCUUCUGCCAAGAAGACUUGGACGAAGAUGAUGUCAUGCUGCUGGACACGUGGGAAGAGAUUUUCCUUUGGAUUGGCAAAGCCUCCAACACGGACGAGAAGAACGAGGCAAUUGCCUCAGCUAAAGAGUAUCUCAGGACCCAUCCUGCAGGGAGAGACUUGGCAACUCCCAUCAUACUGGUGAAGCAGGGUUAUGAACCCCUCAACUUCACAGGAUGGUUCAAUGCCUGGGACCCCUACAAAUGGAGUGAUGGCAAGUCCUAUGAGGAGAUGAAGAACAGCUUAGGAGAUGUCUCGGCUGUAUCCGAGAUCAAAGUGGACCUGAACAACAUCAAUCUGAACAAGAGAACCCUCAGCAUGACCAGCUUGGCUGGCUCAAGUACAGUGAGUGCUCCCCCAGAGUACAAAUCACACUUCAACCACAAUGACAGCAACAGCUACAGCAAUAGCAGCAACUACAGCAACAACAGCCCUUCCCUGGUGCCCAACGGUGAGGGAAUUUACUCCCGAGAGGUGCUAAUGAACAAGACAGUGGAUGAACUUCCAGAAGGCGUGGAUCCCACUAAAAAAGAGUACUAUCUCUCAGAUGCUGAUUUCCACGACAUCUUUGGGAAGUCCAAGGACGAGUUCUACCAGAUGCCCAAAUGGAAGCAGCAGAAUGAGAAGAAGCAAUGUGGACUCUUCUGAGACCAGAGAGUCCAUCUAGUGACUCUGGGACCAACCGUCUGUCUUUUUAGGAGCUGGAGGGAAGAAGUACAGACAUUUGCUCAAUGAACCCAACCCACCACCACCUCAGUCAGGCCAAGCUCCAAGGCAGUUGUUUAAGCAACCACUCUUCAGAGGAUGGCUUCUUUCUCCCAGCAAACCCUGAACCUAAGGAGGCAGGAACAUUCAUUCUGCAGGAAUUACUUUGCAGGAAGUUUCUGCCUCUUUUUGACAUCUUAUUGCCAAUAGCCAUGAAGAUAAGUGGGUGUCACAUAACCAUUUCCUCCCCUUUUUGCAAAUUGCCAUGACCACAAGGUCGUAAUCUUCAUUCACUUGUAGAAGUUUAAAAUUAGGCAAGACAGAGGCCACUUGCAGCUGCUAUGUAAAUUCUGGGUGGGGAGAGGAAGGGAAAGCCUUAAGAGGACAGAGGGGGGAGCUGAGAGAUCAGGAAAAAGGUAAUGGAGUACCCAGGUGUGUGAUGGAGUGGCCUUCUCACCUUGCAGAAAAACUACUUGCCAAAGAACAGCAAGAAUGGGUCAUACACAAAAAUGCAUAGUCCAGUGCAGGUAAAACAAAUAAGAACCCACUUAUUUGUAAUAUAUUUAUUAGCUGAUCUGUUUGGAGAGGAUGAUGAGAUUCAGGGCUAGACAGAGCUGUUGAUUUUGACUGCCAGGCAAAACUCUGUUUUUCUCUUGUUCAGACAAUAUCUCCAAUAUUGUCCUCCAUGUGUGUAGCCAGCUACAGGCGAUGGUAAGAGUCCACUUGCCUGCAGAGCAGAGGCUUGAGGAAGCCAGGAGCGUUUUGGGUAUGACCUGAGGCAGAGUGUGUUCCACUGAAGGUUUUUUCAGGGCUCCAUCCCUGUGACGUCCACUGGGCUGAGAGUGUCCAUUUCACGCUGUGAGCUCAAGUCUGACUUGGGAGGGUGGGGGAAAUGUGGGAAAUCAGUGAUUAAAGGAUACAACUAUAAGGGAGAAACACAUAUAUUUAAAAGCUCAGAAGAUGUGGUUUUGCAGCUUUAUUCCAUUUCCAAUCUGAUCAGUGAUUCCAAAUAAACAGCCAGCAGCAGCA